AUGGCAACAGCAUCUGUACACGCCUUGAGCACCGGCAGCCUUACCCUGCCUGAACGCUUCUUCAUCACUCCUGCCGAUCCCGAAGCAAAGCAUAGUGUACCAUCGCUCUCAUUCCUGGUCCAGCAUCAGCCCACAGAUAAUCUUUCAAGGACCGCCCGAAUCGUGUUUGAUCUUGGCAUGCGUCGGGACAUAACACUGUACCCAAAAGUCCUCGAAGCACAUAUCAAGUCACGAGCACCAUUCACAACCGAGCCAGACGCCGUUAGCUCUCUCGCUAAAGGUGGUUUGAGAGCCUCAGACAUCGACUUCGUCUUCUUCUCCCAUGUUCACUAUGACCACGUCGGCUAUCCCAAGGACUUUGCAGACAGCAACUCGAACACGAAGUUCCUGGUUGGACCUGGAGCUCUCGAUCUUCUUUCUGGCAAGAAAGUACUCAACAUUGGCAGCCAUAGCGUUUUCGAACCGGAUCUCCUGCCUGCAGACCGAACAAUCGAGUUGCCACCACCACCAGUUUCGUCCUUAGCAUCAGCUCAACCAUUGCCAUUGCAAUCUGAGAUUGGUAUUGACACUCCCCUUGUCUUAUCCUGGUCCUCUCGUCCCCUUGCACCAUUCGAGCACACAAUCGACCUCUUCGGAGAUGGCACAGUUUACAUUGUGAAUGCACCAGGUCACUUGCCAGGACACAUUAACCUGCUCGUCCGCACCUCUGUCUCUCCUCUCAAGUACGUCCUUCUAGCUGGUGACGCAUGUCACGAUAUCCGCCUGUUCACUGGAGAGCGCGACGUAGCCACUUGGACAGAUGACACUGGCCGACAAUGCUGUAUACAUUACGAUAUACCAAGGGCAAAGCAGACGAUUGCAAUGUUGGCUAAGGCACAGAGAGAAGGUGUCGAGGUUGAUAUCAAUGGUGUGAGGCAGAGGGGAGAGGUGGAGGUUGUGUUUGCGCAUAAUUGGGAGUGGGAGGAGGAUGCGUUGAGGAGAAAUAGAUUCUGGCCUGGAAAGAUAUGA